AUGAAGCUUUUAUCGGCUCUGCUCGGGCUGGCAGGUCUUGCUGCUGCGAGUCCCAUGGGGCUUGCUGAACGUCAACUUUCCGAUGGCAAUGAACUGCGCGAGGGUUCUUGCAAGCCCAUUAUUUUCAUCUUUGCCCGAGCAUCUACUGAGCCUGGCCUGCUCGGUAUCUCCACUGGUCCUGCUGUGUGCAACGAUCUCAAGAUGGCCAAAGCUGGCCAGGUCCUCUGCCAGGGCGUGGGGCCUGCAUAUACGGCUGAUCUCAUGUCGAAUGCACUCCCUGACAACACUUCGCCGGCUGCCAUCAGCGAGGCGGAGAGUCUUUUCAAGCUGGCUGCUUCGAAGUGCCCUACCAGCCAGAUCCUGGCUGGUGGCUAUAGUCAAGGGACAGCCGUGAUGGACGACUCCAUCAAGCAGCUUUCUGACGACGUCAAGGACAAAAUCAAGGGCGUUGUGCUGUUCGGUUACACCCGCAAUGCUCAGGAGGGAGGUCAAAUUGGCAACUUCCCCAAAGACAAGGUCAAGAUCUACUGUGCCAUGGGUGAUCUUGUCUGCGAUGGUACUCUCAUUGUCACCGCCGCACAUUUCACCUAUGUCAUGAACACGGGUGAAGCUUCUCAGUGGCUGGAAUCGAAGCUCAGCGACACCACCACUUCGUCGCUGACUGGUUCCUCUUCAUCUGAUACCUCUUCGAGCACCUCGACCGGUGAUUCCUCUUCGGAGUCAUCCUCAGCAACAGGACUGGAUGGACUGAGUGGCCUAAGUGGCCUAGGCUCGUCCACGUCUGGUGGUUUUCCUUCUUUGGCCUCGCUUUUUUAAGCCACCCAGUCCAGAUAGGCUAGAGUAGCCGUGGUGAUUAUCGAUGAUUUCAGCCUCAAGGUUCUCCGGCUUUGGUAUUUGAUUUUGAGAAUGCUCUGAUGCUUCACAUCUUGCAACAUCGUACACUGAACGGCAUGUCCGAUUGAGCUUGGAGUGGCUGUUAUACAAGCUCUCCAAGCAAGCUGUUCGACAUUAACUUUUUCACUCUCAUGCUGUUUCCGUCUCCACCUUAUAUUAUUUUAUGAGUUCGGGAGUGAAUUUUAGAACACUUACACGAGUACAAUGAGCCUACUUGAGAUUUUCAUGCCAUGUCUUGUGUCCUUUCAAAUGGUUGUUUGGCGUGUGGCGAGCCACGCUGAAGCGAAGCAGAUCUCCGAAAGUCUAGUACUGUUCCCGUGGCUGUGAAAAGCCCUUUGAUGCUAUGUCGGAU